CUCACUGCCAGUACAUGUCCUAUGGAUGUGUCGUGUUUCCUUCAGCGGCGUCUCAUAAUAAGCCGAAGCUGCACAUGAUACUAUACCUUUCAGAACAACACUCAUUAUAGAAGAUUUGACAGCAAUCAAUGGCCCAAUGUGAACACAAAGAUGCAAAGAAGUUAUAUUCCUGAUCAUGGCCAGUGAAAAGAGUUUGCAAGACAGUUUUUCAGAUUAUUCCCCAAGAAGACACGGGGAAGACUCAACUUCAAGCAGCAGCAUUUCCAGUAACAAGAUAAAGAACAGCACCAAAAGUAACAAGUGUCAAAGAAACAGUGCAUGCACGGAGUACUCUGAGGAUUUCGAAGAUCACAGCAGUAUUCCAGCGUCAUUCAAAGAAGAGAGUGUCAGAAGCAAAUACCAAGCAAUAAAGAAAGAAAGUAUUAAGAAAAGCAAUAACCAAAGCAAUCAGAAAAGAGCACAAACUAAACCAACAGUUAAAAUGCUGCAACAUUUGAACCAAUCUACAUUUAAGAAUAAGUCACAGAACUUUACCAAAAUGAACACUGGUGGGCAAGAUUUUGAUUCAGUGACUCGCCACAUAUUGUCAGCCAGACUGCAUAAAACUAAAGAGUUGAAGAAUGAGGUGUGUGACCUUCAGAGGGAACUAGAAAACGCCAGGCUGGAGAACAGACUGCUCAGACAGCUUCAGUACCGACACAUGAAGGCACUGGUCAUGUUCGAGAAUGAGCAGAACAACCUACCCCAGCUAUUAGUCAGGCAUGAGGGUGAAGUACGAAUGUUGAAAGAAAUGCUGCGAAAGUCAAAGGAGCAAGACCGGAACGUGUCAAAGCAACUGAAAGAGGCAGAGUCAGAGUUAUGGAAAACGAAGAACUCUCUGGUGAAGCUAAAAGUGCUCUGUGACAAGAAGAACUUGGGAGAACGGGACGAGCUGACCUGGAAACUAACAAAUCUCACAAAACAACUUGAGCUCGAUCAGCAAAGGAUCCAGGACCUGGAGAAAAUUCUGGAAUUAAAAGGUAAAAGUUUCAAUCAUCAGCUGGCUGCAGAACACAGAAAGACACAGGAGGCCCUUGACCUGAUAAAGAAGCUAGAAUUGGAGCAACGCACUCUGAACCAAAUGCUGACGGAAAAAGAAAGGCAGCUCGGAGUUAAAAAUAUCUAUGCUAAUCGGAUGCUGCGGGAUCAUUCAAAGAACAACAUGUCAUCACCAAGACAUAAAGAAUACGAACAGGCAGAAAGGAGGUGGAAGGAGAUGGCGGAGAAUGACAUCUUAGAAAACCUGGAAAGGGAAAAAAGAGAAAAACAGGAGAAGGAAAGAGCUGCUCUGAGAGAGGUCUCUGAAAGGAAAGAGACUGGAGAACAGGAGCAAGACGUCAAGGAAAGAGAGCAGCAAAAAACUGAGGAGAUCAAAGAUGCAAAUGAAUUACGACUGGACAAUAUCAAGGAUAUAGGUGAAACAUUUGCGCUGAAUGACAGCCCCAAUAAAACUUCUAGACUCAGAAGGCGCUACAGGUUCACAGAACAAAUUGAAAAUCUCCACCAAGGGCUUCCUGUUUGCAAAAUAUCUUAUGCGACCCAUAUUGGUAGCAAAAAAAGACAAGACAGUAAGGAGUUUCUGGACUUAAGCUCUUCAUUCAAUGGUUACGAGCCAUCUUUUGCGAAGCUGUGCAAUCAACCAAAUGAACUGAGGCACCAAGUUGGGGACGGGCCCAGUGAAAAAUCUGAAAAUUGUCUUCCAUCAGCCUCAAGAAACGAUGCAAAAGACAGCCUCAUGGAAAAAUUUUUUAGAUCAGGUAGUACUUUAGAAAAUAAACCCACCAAAGACGAUGAAGCUAAAGCCACAGACAGACUAAAACAGAUGCAGAGAAAUAAGCAGGCAAGUCGAAUUCAGGUUACUAACAAAAAUAGAUUAAAUGUUCUGGAUCCUGACUUGCUGCCUGUGAGCGUUUUAGAGUCAUCCACAGAUGAAAGUGAAAAACUGGUUUUACAAUCUUUAAAUAAAUAA